CCCCUGGCUCUCGGGAUCACGUAGUAAUUUAAUCCAAAAUAAGCUAUGAUGGAUGUCGUCGGUGUAGGGGUGUUCCUUCAUAGGCGCGCGUUGGUUUCGUAUAUCCAUCCUACUUAGGUACCUAUCGGUAGUUAGGUACUAGAUAGUUACCGGAGCCUUGUGUGAUGGGAUUUACAAGAUACAGUAUGUAGGUCCGAGAACAGGUCUCCAUGUUUCUAUUGUCUCCCUCGCAUUAUCAGCGCCACUUUCGCUUAGCUCGGAUGGUGUUCCUACCAUUCAAUUGAACCCCCCAAAGUUGAUCUUCAGGCCUCCAACUAUGGAACCGCACAGAAACGCAGCGCUUAAUCUACAUUGGCUUGAUCACCAUAAGCCACUUUUUCAUUAUCUGCAGGUUGUUUUGUUUUCCGCGCAGUAAAGAUUAGCUAAAUACAUAGGUACCCAUAUACCUAUAACAAAUACUACGAUCGCCACUAGGUCCAUUGAACUUACCAUCGUUAAGUAUACUGGUGGUAGUUUCUUAGUAUAGGGAACGAUUGCGGGGAGGCCUGAGUUGAUAGGUUGCAUUGUAGUAUUCGCUGGCUCAGUUAGAAGUCCUGGACCAAAGUUCGAUGCUACGCCAGACAACUCAUGUCUUCCUACGUUAAUUACGGAUCGGAUUCUUCUUCAUCAUUCACCCAGCUCUAUAAUGUUCUCUCUUGAUACUUUUCAUCAAAAAACUGCCCAACGCGGCGAUAACAAAUUGUCUUACAUCAUGGCAGACGCUCCGCGCGAAGAUUCCCCAGAUACCGAUCAAUUCCAAACAAUUUUAGCGGCCACGGACUUGAUACGGAAGGAACAUAAAAAGGAGAACGAGGAAGCGGAAGUUCUGUUCAAAACUGAGCAAAACUUACUCCAGAGUGAAAUUGAACGGCUCCAGCAAAAGAUGCGCGGCUUGGAGUACAUGCAUAAGACGUCCACGAGAGAGAAGAAACGCCUCCAAGACAAUGAAUUAAAAUCCUAUUUUAGGAUGCUUUUUAUUGAGGAAAAAGAAGAUACACAACCACCAGAACCGCAAUCACCGCUAGAUCUACCAAAACCAUCGGAUGUACCAAAGCCGUCAGCAUUAGAAUCAACGCGACCAGCCGAAAGUGAGCAUCAGAAGGAUCGUGCGGGGGACCAAAUUAUGGACGCGAUUACUGUGCAUGAUUCUGAAUCCGACGGAUCGGAUAUACCUCUUAGAGAGCGAACAAACACACCUGAACUAAGCGAAUUCGACAUUAAACCAUCGCCUGGGCAGCGAAAACGACAGCGGCCACAUGUGCGCAUAACAGAACCUAGGCGGAGUGGCGAACAUUCUGAUAUACUACCACAUCGGCAUAAGAAACCCCGACAUAGAAAGCAUACCCAUCCUGAAGUAGGAUCAUCGUCUUCCACAUCAGGGCCUCGCAAGCGGAGGAAGAGCAAACCUUUUGAAGGUGUUAUAAAUCCUACAGCAGGCGUGGUUUAUAAAGUGCAAGGCUCAAAGAGAAAUGGAUGUGCAGCAGUGGCUUUGCCAACUAGCAAUUUUGGCGUAAUUGGCAUCUCGAGGUCGAUGAGCGAUACUGGUCUUGAGCGAUCAAUCCCAGAAUGCUAUCAAUACGAUGAGCAAACCCGAGAGAUAGUGUGCUGGAAAGAAGAAUACGAUGAUGGUGGCCCUCGGGUUACCGACCGCGAGUUUCCAUUUAUGUUCUUCGAUGAGCUAGAGUACGUUCCGUCAGGGGGGAAUUUCGCAGCUACUGGUGCCAGAUUUGCUUGGAUCCCCGCAAAAGACAUAAGGCCAUUCGAUGUAGAUUCAAUGGUGUCUCGUAUGGCGGCAGGGUAUUCCCAAGCCAAGUUAUUCAUCCAGAGGCUUAAAUGGAUUAUUGAAGAGCGCGAAGAAGAGAACCGACAAACUGACCUUCAAAUGCAAGACGCCCAGGCUUUUACCGCUGGAGGGAACCAGUUGGAUGCACAGACACCCAAAGCAUCAUCAACCACAAGAAAAUCGCCAGAUCAAUUCCCAAGGGACAUCUACGAAGUUCCCGAAGAAUUAGAACCCAUAGCAUCCAGUUCUAAACAACUUCCUCAAAGUCCAUGGCAAUCAAAUCACGGUCGUAAUAACUCUCGCGGGAACCCAAAUGAACCCCGUUCUAUGGCACCAUUUCCCACAUUGCAGUCAAUCUACCAGGUGACUUCAGGAGCCGGCUCAGGAGACGAUGGAUCUGAUGACGCUGGACCGUAUUGGUCGCCGUCCAACCCGGAGCACGACCAACAAAUAAACGAGUUAUUAUUGGAAGCACGACGCGGAAAAGCGAAGGAGGUCGUCGAUCACGACAACACCAGACAUGCCGGCGCUAGAGGAUCCCCAACCCCUUCUGCAUCUCCAUUCCUUAAUUCAUUGCGAGGCGUUCGUCUUGGUCCAUUUUUACCUAUCAGACGCACGAAUGCCCACACUGACACCAAUGAUGAGAACCAGGCCAGAUCGGCGGGCUCGAGCUCUAAUACGCAGACACUGACCCAUGAAGCAGUACAGAGGGAUCAACCUACCCACCAAACAAGCAACGGUGCCUCGAAUGGAGAAAGUACCACAGCACUCAAUUCAACUGCUUCCGGUGCGCUAUCGUACCUCAACACACACUUCAAAUCCAUGGAUCAUAACUGUAUUGAAAGAAAAGAAGGAUGAAGCCACUACAUUCUCCAUUGCCUUAUUUGCAGGCGAUUGAACAAAUAAUACUGCGAGAGAUCUGCCGCCAACCUGCUUUUUAUUUCCAGUGUACGCACGCCUUAAAUUCUUUCAUUGAAGAAAUUUGUUUGGGUAUAUAAGUCUUUUGUAUUUAUUUUUAUAUGAAUAUCAUGCUAUGCGUGCAAUUUACCAACGCUGAUAACCUACUUGUUGAUGAGUUCGGAUGGCGAUAUGUAUUUAGUGCAAAUUGUGAAAGCUUGCUUUAAGCACAGAGAUCGAAUAUGGAGCCCCUCAUACAAGGCAUGGGCAAAAUUGUUGGUGCUACCUGGUAUUCCUGUUCUCGUGCAGAUAAAUGUAUAUGCGU